GCCAAUUUAGCCAGCCAGCCAGCCAGCCAGCGAGCGAGCGCAAUCCCGUCCGUCGCCCAAUCCCAUUCCCCGAUCCCUCCUCCUCGGCGCUCGCUCGCUCGCUCGCUCGCCGACGCCGCGGUCGGCAUGGGGAUGGGGCCGCUGGAGACCGCCGUCGAGGCUGGCCGCGCCGCCGCGCCGGUGCCGGUGGUGACCGCGGCGGGAGGGGGGACGUACGCGCUGCUGCAGUGCGGGGAGGACUCGGCGUACGUGCGGGACGCGUACGGGGGCUACUUCGAGGUGUUCCGCGCGCUGCUGGCGGAGGACGGGGAGCGGUGGCGGGUGUACCGCGCCGUGCGCGGGGAGCUGCCGUCCGACGAGGACGCGGCGGGGGUCGACGGCUUCGUCAUCUCCGGCAGCUGCAGCGACGCGCACGGCGACGAGCCGUGGAUCCUCGCCCUCGUCGACCUCGUCCGCCGCCAGCUCGCCGCCGGCAAGCGCGUCCUCGGCGUCUGCUUCGGCCACCAGGUCCUGUGCCGGGCGCUGGGCGGGAAGACGGGGAGGUCGUGCAAGGGGUGGGACAUCGGCGUGAGCUGCAUCCACCCCACCGCCGCGGCGGCGAGGCUCUUCGCGCCGCUCAAGAUGCCGGUGCACCUGCCCAUCAUCGAGUUCCACCAGGACGAGGUGUGGGAGCUGCCUCCUCACGCCGAGGUGCUGGCCCGGUCGGACAAGACCGGCGUGGAGAUGUUCCGGCUCGGCGACCGCGCCAUGGGCGUCCAGGGCCACCCCGAGUACAGCAAGGACAUCCUCAUGAGCAUCGCCGACCGCCUCCUCCGCCAGAACCUCCUCCUGGGCUGUCAGGUGGACGUGGCCAAGGCGAGCUUCGACGUGCGGCAGCCGGACAAGGAGUUCUGGAAGAAGGUGUGCAGGGGCUUCCUCAAGGGCAGGCUCCAGCCGCAGCAGCAGCAGCAGAAGCAGCAACAUAAGCUGCAGCUAUAGGAGUUGGAGCAGGAGGAGGAGGAGGAGACGGCGGCGGGUCUGAGAAGGAGGCCGUCGCCGCCGCCGGAGGAGGAGGAGGAGGACAUAGUAGCGUUACUGAGCUGGAGGGGAUUGUUAUUGCGAGCCUAGAAUUAAUCCUUAUUUUUCUGCUUCGAAGCUUGACACCAUCCACCAUCAUCAUCUUGUACAGAAAACCGCCUAUUUAUUCGAAGCAUUUUAAUAAAGAGCGAUCGGGUGCUAA